AUGGAUAUCCACAAUUGUCCCAUUAACCGUGUAGACAUUGUUCAUAGGAUUGCAAGGCUUCUGAUGCUUGCUGGUAUGGGAAAAUUGCCACUUUAUGUAAUUGAGAAGCUAAAAUGGGAUCUGGGUCUUCCUCAUGAUUAUGUGAAGACUCUUUUGGCUGAUUACCCUGAUUAUUUUGAUGUUUGUAGCAUCGAAAAUCCAUUAUCCGGAAAAGAAAUGCUUGCCUUAGAGCUUGUUUUUUGGAGAAAAGAGCUCUCUGUCUCUGACUUGGAGAAGAGGGCAAUGAGCUUGGACUAUUGUGGAGACAAAAGAAGACAUGAUAUUUCAUUUCCCGUGAUUUUUUCCAAAAGUGUCAAAGAAGACAGAGCGAGGGAACUUGCUUUGUAUGGAGAGUGUUUGGGGUUGGACUCAAGAUUUAAGAAGGCUUUGGUUCAUCACCCUGGCAUAUUUUACAUUUCCAAUAAGAUUAGGACUCAGACAGUUGUGCUUAGGGAAGCCUAUAGAAAGGAUGUCUUGAUUAGGAAGCAUCCAUUAAUGGGUAUGAGAUUGAGGUACAUUCACCUCAUGACUAGGACUCAGAAACACCAUAGACAAGUUGAGUUGAAGGAUAAUUCACAGAUUGAAGCUUAG